CUUUCAUUCUCUCAAAUUCAACCAACUCUUUUUUCCAACCCACAACCUCUCUUUUCUUCUCUUCUCUUCUCUCUCUGCAACAUCACUAUGUCACCAGUUUACCACCUUCUCUCAACUCUUAACCCAAAAAGCAUACCUCAAAAUGUCACCAAAUACACAUACAAUUCCCAAAACUUGGUUUUAUUGUAUUUGUAGAUGCAUGUUUUUCACUCACUACCCCUUUUUUUUUGCACAUUCACCAACCUUCUUCUUCUUCUUUUGUUUUUCCUUUUCAAUUCCCCAUUUGGGCUUUGAUUCUGUGAAAUCUAUGUUUCUUUAAGUUGUUUAUUCCCCAUGUUUGCUGUUUUUUCAGGUGGUACAGAUUCAUGAUAAACAAUUUGUUGCGUACACUGUGCACGACGUGAAGAUUGACAUCGACUAUGGUAAGCUUAAGAAGGCGGAGGCUCUUAGGACUAUGCUCCGACAUUUCAGGGAAAAGUUCAUUUGUAACUCCACUUCCCAAGUUUUCAGAAAAUGGAACUACUCCCGAAAAUCCUAGUCCGAGUAACAAACUUGUCACUUUGCAUCCCAAGUCUUCUGAUGAUGUUAACAUUACAGAUAGGAGCUCUAUUGAAAAUAUGGAAUCCAGUUUCGCAAAUGCAUUGGAUUGGACCUCACUGAAUGAACAGUCUAAUCAGCCUAUUUCAGGGCAUCCGCUAAAACAUAGAAAGAGACAUAGGAGAAAGAACUCUCAUAAUCAAGAACUAUCAAUCAUGAGGGGUGUCUACUUCAAGAACAUGAAAUGGCAGGCUGCGAUUAAGGUUGACAAAAAACAGAUACAUUUAGGAACGUUCGGUUCACAAGAAGAGGCUGCACGUUUGUAUGACAGAGCUGCUUAUGUGUGUGGAAGGGAACCGAAUUUUGAACUCUCGGAGGAAGAGAAGCAAGAACUCCAAAAGUUCAAAUGGGAAGACUUCCUUGCUAUGACUCGACACGCAAUUACAAACAAAAAGCACAAGAGACUCGGCACAGGAUCAUCGCCAAAGAAGCUUGGAGCUUCGUCGCUGCAAAUCGACAACACCGAAUUCAAGCACAGAUUCAACGAGCCUCCGGUUCCAGAAGACAUUAACUUCACUUGAGGAGCUAGCUUUUAGCUCAAGAAGAAUGGUAAAAUUUUCUAGGUCCAACAGGUUAGGCCAAGUUGCAUGAACCUCCAUUCAAAUUCCUCCCUUCCAAGUAAAUGUUUUUUUAGGCUAGAAUACAUUGUUUCUUUCAUGUGUAAGUUCAUUUUUUUUCUUUUUCAUUUGAAGCUCGUAAUAUGUUCCAAUAUAAUUUACUGCUAAUUUCUUUUUAGCAGAAGCAUAUUGAAUCGAUGUUGAAAUGAAUUUUAAAAUUGUUAUAUAUAAUGAGGAAGUCUACCAAUAUUUUUCAUCGUUAAAA